GUCAAACGCUCGGAGAAAGGAAAUUCAAAACAAAAAGCGUCUAAUUUCGUUUGUUUUGCUGCGUUUGUGCGCAAUUUUGGUUGGUUUGAAUUUUCAGUUUGGUCUGCGAUUUAAGUUGCACAUUCCGCAAUGGAGGGUGAUCCCAGUCUACAGCAGAACAUCGUGAUCCGGCGGAGAUCGUCCCUGUUCCGGUCCAAUUCCAGUCCCGCCAUCCACUCGCCCAGCAACUACAAACCCAGCUACGAGAAGCAGUUGAUGCGGGAGAUCGAGGACUGGAACAAGCUGAUGCGGCGCAAGAUUCACGAAAUCAACCAGCACGCGCAGGCCUCCAUCGAGCUGGACACGUCGCUGCUCACGGAGGAACAGCACGCCUAUCUGGCCGCCGGACCGAAGGUGGACGAGUAUGUGGCCGCAUCCAAUGACUUUACCCAGCUGCUGGAACGGUACGUCGAGCGGAAGUCCUUCCUGACGCAACGCUACCAGUCGAUUCUGAACGAGGCCCGCUCCCAGAUGAGCACCCAGGCGCUGGAUUUGGUCGAGAAGAAUUUGCUUUCGCAGAAGAUUGAAUGAACCUCCGGCUUGAUUACAUUUCAACUUUUAUUAUUGUAUGUUUUUACCUGUUUCGGUGUUUUUUCACAAUGCAUUUUUUAUUAUAUUAAACUUAAGCGCUAUUUUUAACGUGGUAAAUCCUA